AUGCUCAGUCUAAAAACACACCGUUUCGAAUAUUGUGACGGCUGUUGUCCACCGUCAAUUGCUGAAGAUGCUGCUUCACAAACUGAGCCUAAUGUGAGUGCACAGAUGGGAGCACCUCCACCUUAUAUUUAUUUGAAGGAGAAGAGGAUCGCCGAGGAGUUCGAGAACGGCAUAUCUUCCACGGAUGAAUCCAUCUACAGUACAUCUUUUUUCAAUGUGGAGCACAAUGAUGGGCACUUCGAUUCUCACAAUGCCUUGGGCGAUCCAACAAGUGAGUCCUUCCAGUUGCAGUUUUAUGCUAUUGGAGCUGAGUUUGAGCGCAUUCGGUUCAUGCAGACUCUGGCGGGCUUUGUACUCGGGAUCUUCCUCAUAACUGUGGUUGCUUUCGUGAUGUGCUACCUGGCCUACCGCAUCCUUAGAGCCUCUUCAGAACUCGCAGGUGUUGACUUUCACGUUUUACGUGCGUUUAGUCUAUUCUUCGAUGAUUUGGCGAUAGAGCACCGGUCAGCUGUUUCCAAACCAGGCUGGCCUUCUCACCUAGACCGGAACAUAACCAUCACGGUUUGA